AUGGCUAAUUUAAUUGUUUACAUACCUGAUAUUCCUGUGAACGUCGAUGACGAAGAACUCGAAGAACAAAUCAAGACUCGUUUGAAGACAGGCCAUCGCCUAGAUGUACAAAGUGUCAAAUGUUAUUCCACACUGGGUGUCGCUGUCAUCAAUAUGCUAAAUGAAGAUGACAAACAUCACCUGAUUUCCGAGGUUGAGACAACUGUCCUUUCCAAGAAUAGUGGCACUAAUAUAUCAUUUGUCGAAGAACUCGAACUUGACUCUUACAUCGUAGUUGAUUCAGAACUCAAGAAGACUCUUGCGGCUGAUGAAGUUGCACAACGGUAUGCAAACGCAUAUAAAACAUCAAAGACACGUCGUUGCGAAACGGUCUCCGAUCAGUUCCCCAACGUCUUUCGAAUCUGUUACAAAAAGUUUGCUGAACUAAUUCAAGCAGCCACUACACCCGACUUCAGAAUCGAUGCUGCGUUUGCUACUGUUUACCCACGUGCUGACUGUUGUUUUUUCGAAGACUUACCAACAAGCACUAAUAACGAAAAACUCAUGUCAGCUAUUGCUGUUCAACUUGGUGAACCUUCACUACACAAAACCUCACUCCAUACACAGUACAAUAAACAAAGUGGUAAUGCGAUUGUGAUAGCACCCAAGUCUCUCAGGAAAUGGGCAAAAGAGGCCACACUAAAAAUCGAUGAACACUCCAUAUCCAAAAAACAUAAACUUUCCUACCGAGUACUCAUUUCACCCGUUCACAAUGAUACCGAAGUUGAGAAAAUACUUCACAACAAACUAUUUCACAACCGAGUUGCAUCACAUAAACGUGUUAAUGACAAACUCAUCAUUGAAUUGAACGACAUAAAUCAUUUUCAUGAAUGUUUGGACAUUGGAGGCUUCGGAAUAGAUGGCAAACCCUUGGCCAUUAAGCCACACACUCGAGUCAGCGAUCCGGAUUCAUGUGAACUCGAUGCUUUAAACUGGUAUGAUACAGAUAUGUUGGAUAUCAAACCUGAUAUCACCACAAUCAUCAAUGAUCAUCAACAUCCCAUAUUUCGCUUCAAGUGGAAUGCUCAGAACUUCCUACAGCAAAUGAACAAAGCAGCAGCUAUUCCUGCCAAAGGCUAUGAUCUUACAAGACAUCUACUACGGGUGACUGUUAUGCUCAAUACUAUAGGCACCCUAAGAAAGAAACAGUAUACUGUCGAUGACACUCUGGUCAAACUAAAACUUGAACGAAUGCAAACCAUUGGCUACAAUCACCAAUCCAAACUAUUCACAAGAAAAACACUGUCACAAACAGAUUUCCAAACACCCUAUCCAAAAACAACUGUUCAAGUCGUCGAAGAAGAUUGUCUUGUUCUCUAUGAACAGCUGGUGGCAAAAGGGCAUCGACCAUUGCUGCUCAACAUGGCAAAUGCAACUAGUCCAGGUGGUGGCUAUCGAAAAGGUGAUGGUGCACAAGAAGAAAACAUUUUUCGCCGUUCCGACUACUAUCACAGUCUCGAUGGAGAAUUAGCUGAUCGAACUCGAUCAGAGAGAUUCUACUACACACCAAAGGGUGAACUUAAACCAUUGAAAGGAUUCGGUGACUUCUAUCCGAUGGAAGAGUUUGGAGGCAUCUACACAGCAGGCAUCACUGUGUUUCGCGGAACUGAACAAGAUGGCUAUCCUUACAAGAAACAACCUCUCUACANAUUAUUUUAA